AAUCUAUUUCAGUUCGUUUGUUCUUUUUAAUCUCAUUUUCUCUUACACAGGUGCAAUUGAGCUUUCGAUACUAUUCGAGUAUUAUGGGCUUGAAAUUGCAGCUUACGAUAUCCAGACCAAACGAUGUGAUUUGUAUGGUCAGGAAAGGAAGUAUUCAGAAAGGGUUCUGCUGAUAUAUGAUGGACUCCACUAUGAUGCUUUAGUUAUGUCUCCAUCUGAGGGAGCUCCAGAGGAAUUUGAUCAGACCAUAUUUUCUGUGAAUCGGGACAGGACAAUUGGUCCCAUUGAAGGGCAGGCUCUUCAUUUUGUUGAAGAACAGCAAAGGAAACGGAGAUUCACCGACACGGCCAACUUCACGCUGCGAUGUGGGGUUUGCCAAAUCGGAGUCAUCGGCCAGACGGAGGCUGUAGAACACGCAAAAGCCACUGGCCAUGUCAACUUCCAAGAGUAUAGAUGACAGGAAGAAUGUUUGACAAAACAAUUGAGCUGUUCGGUUUCAGCUAUAUCGACCUCAACUCCUUCGGCUUGUUGAAUUGCUGUGGCAUUCUAAUUGUCAUAUUACCAUGAAUGUUUCAUAUUUACUGACCAGUGUUGUUCAUAUUGUGAUCUCUUGGGACUGA